GGCUUAGACCGGACCGACAGAAUGCCUAUAGUCCUAUACUUACAGCUGACCAGGCGAUCAAUCACGCACGCCGCUGGUCAGCAGUCAGCAGCAAGCCGCCUCGUCGCCUCGUCGGGAGUCGGGAGUCUGGUGAGCGAGCUGGUGAUCAGGUACCUUGGAGGCCUGGCUUGCUUGGACGCUCCAUUGCUUCGACUUCGAGGUCGUCGCGGGUUUGGAUCCUGUGUGGAGGGGGUAACACCGUGUAGCUCAACUGUCCCCUAGCGCCGCCGCGCGAAACUCCCUACCGGUCCAUUUUGUUUGUAGCCAUUAAGCUCUUCGGAGGUGGAGAUCUGGGCUGUCGUUUCCAGGACCCUGGCCGCGUCGGCUGUGAUGGGUCGAAGCGCCUUGGCGGUUCGGUUGGCUUCCCUUCUUGCGUUUGGUUUGGUGCUCGUCUCCGUCGAGGCCAGCCUCGGGGAUGUUGAUCCGCGCUACAGGUGAGCUGCAUCUUAGUGUCUCUCUUCAAUUUCCACUUGUCUCCAUCAGUACUAAUGAGUUAUGCACCGAUUAUUUCUGUCGCCUAAGGCAUGGAGCAAAAUCCUGCUUGACCUAGGUUCCUGUAAGAGAGCUAGACUAGGAUUUCCGAUUCCAUAGUCCCACUGCUGUUCACUGUUAGUCCCACUGCUAGUAGAUACUGUAAGGGGGUGUUUGAACGCACUAGAGAUAAUAAUUAGCUGCUAAAAUUAGCUGACGACAUCCAAACAAUCUAGCUAAUAGUUCAACUAAUAGCUAUUUUUAGUAAAUUAGCUAAUAGUUUGCUAGAUAUUUGUUAGCUAGCUAAUUUUACUAGAAUUUUUUUAGCCAAUAACUAUUAGCUCUAGUGCAUUCAAACACCACCUAAAUCUUGGACAUGUCAUGCAUCGGUGGUCUGUUUAUUGCACGUAAAGAUAAAGAUGUGCUGCUGUAUGAAUGUGGCUGAUGGCUACUCUCAUGCUAGCUAGUUUGCUACAUAGUAAUAUAUCAAAUUGAUAUACAACUGUCUCCAUCAGAUCGUGCAUAUGGCCAUGUAAAACACGGUUUUGUACUGUAGAGUCUAGAUAACACUGUUUACAAAGUGGAGUUUGAAAUAGGAGGUGAGAUAGGAGAGCUGUUGGAGAUAGCCUAAAUGGGUGUUUGAAUGCACUAAAACUGAUAGUUAGUUGGCUAAAAAAUUACUAGUGAGAUUAGCUAGUUAGUAGCUAAUUUACUAAAAAUAGCUAAUAACUAAACUAUUAGCUAGGGUGUUUGGAUGUCUCUAACUAAUUUUAGCAACUAACUAUUACCUCUAGUGCAUUCAAACACACCCUAAUUCUCCCAAAAUAGAUAACAUGUGCACAUCUGAAUCUCCGGUAAAUGGUCACUUGAUUAAGCAACACUUGCUUUCUAUGCCAACUGUAACAUAUAUCAGCACCUCAUGAGAAGAGAUGUGAAGCAUUAAGGGAUGAACUUUACUAGAACAGUUUGAUUGCGUGGUAUUGUAACUUUGUAACAACAAGUUGGUCCUAGGAUCUUAGCAAACACUAGUGCUUAAUUGUUUCUUAUUUGGACAUGAUGACAUUUUAUGAAUUAAACCUACUUAUGUACCUAGAAAAUCCAAAGCGACUUACAAUUUGGGACAGAGGGAGUACUAUUCUUUGAGAAUGAAAUAAGAUUUGAAUUUAGUGAAUCAGACCCUAUGAGUUGCAUAUCGUGUUUGUGACGUCACUAGGCUGUGUGUGGGCCUGUUUAGUUGGGGGCUUGAGCAUUGUGCCUCAGAACAAGUGCUGCCUGAAGGGAGCAUGAAGUAACCUUCGUUGAGUUUUGCUAGGCCAGGCUGUACCGUUUUUGGUUGGUACAAGACUGAAAUUGAAUUAAGUGUUACUGUACCUAUGUGAUGGCAUAAAACUAAAAUACUACUAGCUCAAGUUUUCGUUAACUUAGGGGGUGUUUGGUUUCUAGGGACUAAUUUUUAGGUUGUGUUUGAAUGCACUAGAGCUAAUAGUUAGUGACUAAAAUUAGUUGGAGACAUCCAAACACCCUAGCUAAUAGUUCAACUAUUAGCUAUUUUUAAUAAAUUAGUUAAUAGUUAGCUAGCUAUUUGUUAGCUAGCUAAUAACACUAGCAAUUUUUUAGCCAACUAACUAUUAGCUCUAGUGCAUUCAAACACCCCCUUAGUCUCUCCAUUUUAUUCCAUUUUAGUCCCUAAAUUGCCAAAUAUGGAAACUAAAACAUUGGAAACUAAAACAAUAUUUCCAGAUAUAGAUACACUGUAAUUUUAUAACAUUUCACCCUUCAUAAAGCAUCAUGUGUAUCUAUCCACUUUACUGCGUUCAACUAAAAGGAGGGGGAGGCAUAUACAAGGAGAAGUGAGAUAUGUGAUAGCAUCAUUGAGCAUUUAAUGACAUGAAUCAAUAACAAUUAACAAUGCUUUGAACUAGGGCUGGACGAAAUGCUCGUGGCUCGUCGGCUCGCUCGAAUCGUGGUCAGCCCGGCUGACUCGUUUGAAUUUUUUCACGAGUUGAGCUGACAUCCUAGCUCAGUUCAUUCACGAGCCAGCUCGCGAGCUAAAUGAGUUAUCACAUUUCAGCAAACCGAAACUAUAUCCAUAUCAUUUACGUAACAAUUGAUGAACAUGUUAUAUGUAUGUGUGGUGUCUAUGUCAAAUGAGUUAAACUAAUGAUUUAAUAAUUGUGUCUAUGUGUUAAAUUGGUCCAUGCAAAUAUAACUAUGGGUUAAACUGAUUAACAUGUGUGUGAAUUGAUGAGUGAUGAGUUGUGUUAAUUUGGUGUUACAUUGAUGUGGUAUGUGAAACUAUGAGUAUAAUUACUAUUUUCUACUGUUAAAUUAGUUUAAAAUUAACUAGAAAUUACAUAUUGUAUUUUUUUUUGUUCUGGCUCGCGAGCUAAACAAGCCAGCUCGAGCUCGUAAACGAGCCGAGCUGAGUUGACUCUGUGGCUCGCCGAGCUAGCUCGUUAACUUAACGAGCUAGCUCGAACUCGGGCGAGCCGAGCCGAGCUGGCUCGAUCUACAGCCCUACUUUGAACUGUGAGUAAUGGGUGUGGGAACAAUCUGUUAGACUGUGUGUGUGUGGGCCGGCACUACUGUUGGGCUGCCAGCCCAUUACGGUUAGGGUUGAGUCUAUAUAUAUUGUAUCCCAUCUAUUAUCAAUACAACAACAGUUCACUCUUCUACACAAUCAAACAUGGUAAACAACCACCAGGGAAUCAGGGAUGCUACAGGCCAAACACAUCGUCCUAAGUUCAACACAAACAGACCCUACAUGGGUGAUGAUGCCUCAUCAGCAUGGUUUUGAAAUUCUAACUGCACCAGCUUUUUUAAGGACACUACUGUCCACUCCAUUCUAGUGUUCUUUAAUUCCAGCAUAGCAUUUUCUGGAGCACUGCUGUUUCAGAGUUAGAAGUGAAUAACAUGCUUCGUGGCAGUUUUUUUGCAUAGCUAAAUUGUAAUUUGCAUACCUAUUCAUAUCUUAUGCUUUGGGUAUAUGUUCCUAGUUUUCAGAUGAAUUUCACUACAUUUGUGUUAGUCUUUGAGGAAAGAAUUUACCUAGAUUCAUUUGUUAUGUAAGUUUGUCUAUAACAGAGCUGUUCUCUCUUAAGCUAAUCCCAAUGUGCGAUGGUAGCAUUAUGCUCUCUUUUCUUAAAUUUAUAAUGUUGAUGGCAUAUAUUAUUUGAUUUCAUGAAAAAAGUAGAUUUGUUUCUAAAAAGUAGGUAAACAAAUUAGUAAAGCGACAUACUGCAUAAGCAUUGAGUCGGGGUGGUAGAGGCUAGUUGCUUGAAGGGAGUACUUGUGGCAUGCUUGGUUUCCUGCUUUGUUGAGCCACAGGGUUUCCUUUUUUUGUAUGCUAACAGAAUUGGCUAGCCUUUGUUUUGCUUCAAAAAGUUGACAUGACCCUAAAUUUUUUGGCUACACCAAUGUAUUUGCACUACCGAGCGCUGAUAUUUUUUGGGAUUGGGGUGAGCAAAUGUCUCAUCCAAGAACUCGCAUGGCCAACAGAAGGCUAUGGGUGAGAACUUGCGUGAGGGAGUGUCAAGCUACAGGGAUUGUUGGGGAGAAUGUCAUCAGCCAUUGUCAGUCCAAAGAGAACUACACUUCUGUUGGAGUCUCUUGGUAUAACCAGGAGCAAAUUUACAUCCAGUGGAAGGAACUGAACUGUAGGACAGACUGUCGCUAUUUUUGCAUGAUGCAGAGAGAAGGGGAACGACAGUCACUUGGUCUGAGCCCUGUUAAAUAUCAUGGAAAGUGGCCAUUCUUACGUGUUUCUGUGUUCCAGGAACCCCUUUCAACUGCACUAUCUGCUGUCAACCUACUGAUGCACUUCACUGGCUGGCUUUCAUUUUUCCUUCUAGUGAAUUACAAAUUGCCUCUUAGACCCCAGACCAAGAGAACUUAUUAUGAAUACACUAGCCUGUGGCAUAUCUAUGCAAUCUUAUCAAUGAACGCAUGGUUUUGGAGCUCAAUUUUCCAUACUCGAGACAUUGAGUUGACUGAGAAACUGGACUAUUCUUCAGCUGUGGCCUUGCUUGGCUACUCGUUGAUCCUUUCAUUGCUAAGGGCUUUCAAUGUCAAGGAUGAGGCUAGCAGGGUGAUGUUUGCAGCCCCUAUUUUGGCAUUCGUUACAACGCACAUCUUGUAUCUUAACUUCUACGAGCUUGACUAUGGAUGGAACAUGAAAGUCUGCGUGGUGAUGGCUGCGGUUCAACUUCUGACGUGGGCUGUUUGGGCUGGUGUAAGCCGGCAUCCAUCACGGCUGAAACUCUGGACGGUUGUUUUUGGAGGAGCACUGGUCAUGCUUCUUGAGCUCUACGACUUCCCUCCAUACAUGGGGUUUGCCGAUGCCCAUUCACUGUGGCAUGCAAGCACCAUUCCACUCACCUAUCUCUGGUGGAGCUUCAUCAAGGACGAUGCCAAAUUCCGCACGUCAACACUCAGCAAGAAGGCAAAGUAGUUAAGCAAAGCGCGACAUUCUUAGCAUAGGGUCAGAGAGGAUCAGAUUCCGAUUCCGUGGUCUGCACGGGGGACAUUUUGGGGGCACACGUGUUGUCGGACAUCAUGGAACCUCGGUACAUUUGCCCUCCCCAAAAAAGACAUUCAUCUUCAUCCACUCAGGUUUUUGGCCCACAAAAGUCAACAUACUCUUUAGGGCGCAUGUUCUGCCCUUACGAAUUAUCUCUUUACUGACCUGAACGUGCAUCCUGUGAUUGAAUCGGCAUCUUAUCAUUGUAGUGUUGGUGGGGUUUGGGAGAUUUUGUCAUCGCCGAAUCAGUUUUGUGAAAUCAGACAGAACAAUGAACAUCAGUGGUGUGUUUCCUAUUAUGUGUGGAGUUUUGUAAAUUCCUGAAGCCCAUUUUGUAUGAGUUUUCCAACGUUACGAAAAUUCCUGAACAAUGAACA